AUGGACGACAUCGAGGCUAUCCUGGAUCGCAUGGAACACCAGGCGGCCACUCUUGGCUGUUUCCCCCCGCCCUCCCCGCUGUUAGGUCCGACGCCCGACACAUGCAUGGAGUUACUCCAGGGCCUACGUGGCCCGGAACUGGGCAAGGGCAUGACUUGCACGGUUGCUCAGUGUGCGGCCCAGCGGGCUUACGCCCUCAAGACCGUUCAUAGCCAACAUAAGUAUGAAUGGUUGCGGGAGGUCAGCAGGAUGAGACGCCUCCCGCCGCUCUCGGUCCUGCAAUCUGUCUUCGCCACGGCUGAUCUUGUCUCAUUGCUGCCACGUCUCUGGCCUCUUCCCCAACACAUGGAAGCAUCGGCGCUGGCCAGAAUGAAGAACGACAUCUCGGCUGCGCUGGAGCUCAUGCACCAGCAUAACAUGGUUCAUGCCGACAUUCACGCAGGCAACAUCAUGAUGAGACCGCAGCCAGCGUGUUACGUCCUGAUCGACUACGGCGGCUGCUCCGGUGACACUGUCUACCCACUCAAGCUUGGGUAUGGUGCCAUUGGCUCAGGUGGUUCGCUACACAGGCCACCUCAUCAUGAGGCUGACCCCUGUCCUGUUCGAACGGCCUAUGGCGAUUACUACCGUCUGGCCCAGACCAUCAAGUCCCACCUCAAUCGGGGCGAAAGACCUCACACAGGUUCUCGCAAGAGAACCAAGACACUGCCUCAUCACGUAGACAAGGAACUUCAGAACUGGAUAGACAGGGAGGCUCUACCGAUUCCCACUUCCCCGUCUUCUCCAUUCCCGCCUGGCACCUGGAUUCAGUCAGCGAUCAACCCUCAGGUGCUGGUCACUGCUUUCCUAUGGAAUAAGGAACGGGAUCCUGGGAGCAGUCGGCCACCCACGCCAAAUUCUUUCUGCAAGGGGCCUUCUGCCAAGGGACGAUCUUUCGCCAAUGAUGAUGGCUACUUGGUCGCGGAGCACCCACCACCACCUCCUCCGCUGCCAGAAGAAGACUCCGACACGACGGACCUCACCCAGUCUGGCGAUGGGGGCAUUGCCCGGGGUCAACCUGCGGAUGAAGGCUUUGUUCCGCCUCUUCAGGGUGUCUGGGCCCCGUACCCACACGAAACCUCCCCAGAAGAACCGUCAAGCCACAGGGAGAGGGUCCGAGAGGCGAGCAAGCUGCUUGAGGAGGCUAUCACGGCACUUCCGGACACGGAUGCGGACAUGACGGUGGGGGCGACACGGUAUGUUCCACUGGAGGACAACACAUCAAUCUGCGCCUCAGCCAAAGCACAUCUGAGCGGCUCGGCUGACUCCAUGCGUCCGACUGGGGCGUGGGCAGGCGCCCUUCGCUUCGCGGCAGACGUGCUCCAGGAGGUUGCCAAGGACCUCGAUCCCAGCAACACCGCAUCGUCUGCGCCAAGGACUAUCACACCAGCUGAGAUGACCACCAAGCGGGGUGUCCUGACCCCGGAGCUGACUGCGCAGCUAGGGUAA